CCUCGGCGGCGGCGGCCAUGGCUUUCGGGAAAGCCCCCAAGGACCCUUUCGGCACCGCCGUAGGGCGCCUCAUCGAGCGGGCGACUUUCGGAGCGCAGCAGACCGAGGAGUGGGGCCAGUUCCUGCACAUCUGCGACGUGAUCAACGCCACGGAGGAGGGGCCUAAAGACGCAGUUAAAGCAUUAAAGAAAAAGCUUUCCAAAAAUUGUAACCAUAAGGAGAUCAGACUUACCCUCUCUUUGCUUGACAUGUGUAUAGAGAACUGCGGCCCAAGAUUCCAGUCUUUAGUUGUGAAGAAAGAGUUCUGUAAAGACAAACUAGUGAAGCUGCUGAAUCCGAGAUACAAUUUGCCUAUUGACAUGCAGGAGAAAAUCUUGACGUUUAUCAUGACAUGGGCCCGAGGGUUCCAAGGAAUGGUGGAUGUGAGUGAAGUAAAAGAAGUUUAUCUAGAAUUGCUGAAGAAAGGAGUGGAGUUUCCAUCCUCUGACUCCAGCACAGGGGUAUCUAAGCAAAGAUCAUCUCAGUCUUCUACAAAGAGCUCCCCAUCUUCUGCUUCCCCUGCAAAACGGUCCUUAUUCCCUCAUCCGACUGGUCCAACAUUAUUGCUGACUUCUGAGCAGAUUGGGAAACUGUACAGUGAACUGGAUAUGGCAAAAAUGAAUGUGAGAGUCAUGUCAUCAAUUUUAAAAGAAAACGUUCCUGGCUCUGAAAAUCCAGAUGAUAUGAAUCUUUUACAGAAACUGUAUAAGACCUGUCGGAUGAUGCAGGAGAGGAUCAUGGAAUUGUUGGUGACAGUGGAGAAUGAAGAUGUGAUAGUUGAAUUAAUACAAGUAAAUGAAGAUCUGAAUAAUGUUCUCCUGGGACAUGAAAGGUUCUCUCGAAAUAGAGUUCGAUUUUUGGAGAAUCAGAGAAUACAACGUGAACGGGAGGAGCUGUACAGGAAACAGCCAUCUGCCCCCUCAAGUGAUCUACUUGACCUCUCUGCAGAUUCUCCAUCUCCUGUGGUGGGAACAUCCCACACUCCAUCAGCAGUGGUGGGAACAAACUCUGAGAUGUCUCCAUUCUCAGGCCUUAAUUGCAUAUCUGCACGCCCUGAAGAUACAAAGAGGCACCAUCCAUCAAUUUAUCCACAGCUAGAUUUAGCAACGACUACAAAAUCCCAGCAGUUCCCGCUCGCAAGUGAUGCACAAAACAAUAGUGCAAGCACCGCGGCUGGCCAUACAUAUAGUAAUCUUACAACUCUCUUAAGCCAUGUGCCUCUGAAUCCAGUAAGUCUGCAGCCUGGACAUACAGCAUCACUAAAUGGAGUAUCACCAGCAGCUACAUCAAAGAGCAAGUCACAGGCAUCUCAUUACUAUGAGAUAAUGGAAUUUGAUCCCUUGGCUCCCAAAGAAGCUAUUUAUGAAGAAAUUGAUGACAAUCUUCUGAAGCCAGAAGUUAAUAAGGAUACACAAUGCUGAGAGUGGACAUGAAUUCUUUCACUGAACACAUAUAUGGUUCUCUGGUGCCAGUACUGUGCACCAUUUCCAUUAACGUAUAAGUGAAUAAGGGAACGAUUAUGCAUUUUCACAUAACAAAAGUAUUGGAAUAUCAAGCCAUGUGGAAGUGGAAAAGUUACUUGGAUAUUUGCACCUUGAGAAUUUGUCUGAAAUGUUCAACUGUGUACUCUCUGUGGUGCCUUCUGUGAUUACCUUUAAGGUACUGGGGCCUUUAAAAUAUGUUUUCCAAACUAAGCUGUCCAUGAAGUAGUACUUGGCAUGUGACACAAGCUAAGCAAAGAGUCUCUUGCAGCUGCAGAAGAAAGCUUUUCCUUCAAGUUUGCUCCAUUGUACUGCUGUAGCUUUUUAUGUAGCAACCAAAACACCACUUGUAUGUACAGAAACUCUAUAAUCCAAUCUCUGUUUUAGCCUCUUUGCUGCCUGUGUUAAUCUCCAUGGAAAAUGGUAAGGGCUUUCCCAUAUGUAGAAAUCCUUGGGCCUCUUCAUAAUUGUCUGAAGACAUUCAAAGUUAAACUGUUUGCCUUUAUAUUCUGAAUGCACAGAAAUGUUUGGAUAUUUUUUUAUUCAUAGGAAUCUGAGCUGGGGCAUUAGGCACUGUCAUCCAUUAUUAACAGAACAGAAAAAUGCUGCUUGUUCCUAUGCUGUUAUUACUUUAAUUUUAUGUACUCAGUAAAUAAUGGAAAGGGAUCGAUCAUUUUCUCUUCAGUGUUCCUGCCCUGCAGAGACUUUUGUUCUGGUACAAUGCAGAUGAGCAUUAGUUAUCCAGUUAUUUUAAUCAAGUAAUUAAUAACAGUUCUAGCUUUAAAUAAAGUGCCUUCUCUAUUUUUAUGCUGAAUGUAAAAUUUGCACUUAAAUUCAGGAAUUCUGAACUGAUACAAAACUUGAGAUAACUGGUACAAAAUUGAGAACUUUGUUCAUGUUCAUACUUGGUAGGC